AUGAGAGGAACAUUUACAUUAACAAUAGUAGUAUUGUUUUUGGUACGCAGCACAGGUAAUUGUAGGUCAGAAACAUUAGUACCAUGCUACUUCAUUUUUGGAGAUUCUUUGUAUGAUGUUGGUAAUAAUAACAACCUUAACACUAAGGCCAAAGCUAAUUAUCUACCCUAUGGCAUUGAUUUUCCCGGAGGGAAACCCAUCGGAAGAUUCUCGAAUGGUCGCAAUUUUGUCGAUAAAAUUUCUGAACUUUUGGGAUUCGAAAAUUACAUUCCGCCAUACAGCACAGCCGAGGGUGAAGAAAUACUAAAAGGAGUGAAUUAUGCGUCAGGGUCUGCUGGAAUUCUGAAAGACACUGGAACAUUAUUGGGGGAAAAUAUAUGCAUGGAUAAACAGAUAGAAAAUCACAAAAAUACAAUUGCAAAAAUUGGCAAGUUAGGUCAAGUUUCAGCAAACCAUAGUCUAGAAAAGUGCUUAUAUAGUAUCAAUAUUGGAAGCAAUGAUUUCAUCAACUACUUUAAGCCAGAUGACUACAAUUGGAGCUCAAUCUACAACCCUGAUCAAUUUGCCGAUGCACUCAUCCUUCAAUACACUCAACAAAUCAAGGCUUUAUAUGAGUUAGGAGCAAGGAGGUUAGCACUGUCUGGAUUGGGUCGAAUAGGAUGCAUUCCAGCAGAACUAGAAUUGUAUAAUGCAACUGAAUGUGUACCAAAAAUCAAUGAGGCAGUGGAUCAUUUCAAUGCUAAACUUACGUCUCUCAUCGACUCUUUCAAUACAACACUUCCUCUCGCCAAAUUUACGCUCAUUAAUCUCUUCUCCAUGCAAGGCAUGGCUGAUUUCACAGGUUUAAUUACAGAUAAAGCAUGUUGCAAAUUAAGAAGUGAUUACCAAUGUGAAAUAGAGAGUGAACCGUGUGAAUUAAGGAACGAAUAUGUAUUUUUAGAUGGAUAUCAUACUACUCAAGCUAUUAAUGACCUAUCUGCAACAAUGGCAUUCACCCUUCCUGUUUCCUUGGUUGUUCAUCCUAUGUCCAUUAGCCAAUUGAUUACUGAUUAACAAUAUUGUUGUUAUAUAUUGAUCGUUUAGACAUUGUAAUUAAAUUAACAAAAA